AUGGGGUCGCUGGGUUGUGGGCAAAGACCUCGUAAGAUUGAUCAAGGAGUAGGAGGAGUGCAGGGCCUGUCGACCAGGUUCGGGUUGGGUAGUUCAUCGUCGACCUCUGGGCUUUUAAGAUUUUUUGCUCUUACACCUACUUGGACCGGAUUCGGUGCUCCUGCUGCCUCUACAGGAUUCGGUGCAUCUGCUGCCACUGCAGGAUUCGGUGCGCCUGCUCCUGCUACGACUGGAUUCGGUGCCCUUGCCACUGGUGAAUUUCACGGAUACGGCGCGAGCCUUUUAUCAUCACCCGCAUCAGCAGCAGUGGCAAAAGCAAGCGAAUCCUCACCCUCCUCAUCCUCCAGCAUAAACACAAAACCCAAAGCCGUAAAGUCCGUGGCCGUCGCAGAAGAGACCAUUCUCCUCACCCUCCUCGCCCAAAAUCCAUACCUCGAAUACCUCGCCCUCCCUUCUUACUGUCUCGAGAAAGAGGAUGUUGUGGCGCUGCUCUGGGAGUCGUUGAUGUCGUUAAAGGAGUUGCGUUCGCAGUCGGAGUCACCGGGGCAAGGGGGACUAUGGUGUGCAAGGGAGGGUGCGAGAGCGGCACGGUUCUCGCUGUUUGAUCGACCGGUGAUUUAUGAUGGUAUGCGUUCCGUUUCGGCGUUCAUGGGGCAUAUUCAGCCUAUUGCUGGAGUUGGAGUUGUAGGAGGAGGAGGAGGAGGAGGAGAUAUGUCGUCGGCAGCAUGGGCGCUGGUGGAAAAGUACCCGCGGUUGAGGGAUCUUCAACUAGACCUGGUCGCGACUAUCAACCGCGAGGAAUUGGAUGCCCUCCGCGCCGUAACCGACUCGAACUUGGCCUACCUCGAGAUUGAUAUCUGUCACCAAGUUCUUGUCAACACCCCGGGAGAGGGGUCCUUCUCGACGUCCAUUGAGCUGGCGACUUGUGGGCCAGGGGAGGAGCACCGUUUCGACAAUACUGUCAUGGAUACCUUUCUGAGACAUGCAUCGACGUUGGAGUACAUUGAUGUAUCGGGCCGUCGCUUUUGUGCGGAGACUUUGCAGGCUUUACUCGAUAACGGUCCGAGGUUGAAAUUUGUAAAGACCAUGGAGGACGAUCUUGGGUACCGCCCUAGUCUGGAGACAGAAUUGGAUUUCAUGGGAGCUAUUCAGCACCUCUGGCGAUGUGAGAUGCUAGAAGUUUUCGAGUGCAAGAUCAUCAACGUCCCCCGGCCCGAUGUGUUCGUCGCCGAGAUUGAGCCAGAGCUCGACCUCAGCCAAUGGACACCGCCACCCCCUGCAUUCACCCUCGAAACACCCCCCUCCCCGCUCGCGGUCCAAGAAUCCCACACCUUCCAACGACUCCUCCUCAAGAACCUCGGCCGCUGUACGCACCUCCGAAAACUGUGGCUGGGCACAUCCGGGAACAACCGCAACGACCCCGAAUACUCCUACCUCGACCUGAACGGUCUCCGUAGGAUGGUUGUCGACGGCUAUAUGCAAACCUCCUGCCUAGAACUCUCUCUUGCCAGUGGGUUGGAUGAGCUGAGCGGAUUGGAAGAGUUGGAAAAGUUAGUGGUGGCGGGGAUGGCGCAUAGGAUUGGGCUUGCAGAAGUGAAAUGGAUGGCGGAGCAUUGGCCCCGGUUGAGGAGAAUUUAUGGAUUGGAGUACUAUGAUUGCGACGAUCAGCUUCUAGAUGAGGGGGAGGAAGAAGAGCGAGUGGUGCCAGAGUGCAUUGUGUGGUUGAGAGAGAGCCGGUCCGACAUCACAGUCUCUUAG